UUUUUUUCUCGCCUUUCUUGUGAAACCCUAAACCUCGAAAAGCUUCAAUGGCGACAGUACCAGUUAAUCCGAAGCCUUUUUUGAACAAUUUGACUGGAAAGCAUGUGAUGGUAAAGCUAAAGUGGGGAUUAGAGUACAAAGGGUAUUUGGUCUCUGUGGAUUCAUACAUGAACUUGCAGCUUGCUAAUGCAGAAGAGUUCACUGAUGGAGUAAGCUCCGGCUCUCUUGGAGAGAUCCUGAUUAGAUGUAAUAAUGUCCUCUAUCUUCGUGGUGUACCCGAGGAUGAAGAACUGGAAGAUGCUGACCGCGACUAGAAAGUGUGUUGUAUUUAGUGACAUGGUUCAUUGAUCAAUGAUUGGAACGACUUGAGUGUGUUUUCUUAGUUGCUCCUGUCUGAUAUAUGUUGUUGGUAGUCGGGAGAAAAUAUUAGUGACUCAUGAUUUGCCGGAGCAAAAUGACUAGAAAGCUGUAUGAUCUCGGAUCGCGUUUAUUUUUAUCAUCGCAAUCUUCAACCCGUA